AUGCCUGCCCCCAAGGGGAAGAAGGUAGAAAGGUGGGAUGACAAGGCUUACAAGAAGUCCAAUCUUGGUAAUGAACGGAAAAAACCAUCUGCUGGUUCAUCUCAUGCCAAAGGCAUUGUUCUUGAGAAGAUAAGCAUUGAGGCCAAGCAGCUUAACUCUGUUAUUAGAAAGUAUGCUAGAGUUCAACUAAUAAAAAAUGGAAAGAAGAUCGCUGUUUUUGUUCCAAAUGAUGGUUGCCUAAACUUUAUUCAAGAAGAUGUGAUGGAUGAGGUGUUGAUUGCUGGAUUUGGACGUAAAGGUCAUACCAUCGGAGAUAUUCCUAGUGUUAGAUUCAAGGUUGUAAAGGUAUCUGGUGUCUCCCUUUUGGCACUUUUCAAAGAGAAGAGGAGUUCCACUCCUGAGUCUUUAGAAGGAAUGCUGCUCCCUAAUAAAAAUGCCUACGUACUGUCCUCAUUGAGAAGGAAGGAGGUUUGGGACAUCUACUUGGUUCUGGAAAUAGGUAAUAUGAUCAAGGAUAGAAACAAGGGAAGCUUGACAGACAAUUCAAUUGUAAAGCCAGAAAGUGGUCAACAGCACAACUUCAGUUUUUAUCAGAGAGGUGAAGGGGAGAAAAGUGUGAUGGAGGCAGAAGGAACAGGGUUUUCAGACAUGUAUAGGAAUUCAAGUGAAGAGUUGUUUCUGAAAUCUUUGAUGGAGACCUCAAUUGGGAUGCCAAUUCCCACCAUGGAGAUGUUGGGGUUCAAGAAUCUCUCUCAGAACUUCCGUACUGAUAGCGAGGAGCUAUUCAAAAGCUGGCUUACAAAUGGAGAGGCAAGCAAGAAAAUUUCAUCUUGA